CUUAUAAUAUUAGGGUUACCGAGAGCCAACAACCUGGAUGGGUUGGCCUACCAAAACCACCUUUUAUCUCGAAAGACAGCAGUGUAGUGUAGAGUAGUGUUAAGUUCAUCAAUGGCCAACAACGUUAGCCGCCUCCACUCCUCUCUCCUGCUCGUCUUCUUCCUCCUCCUCAUUCUUGCUUCUCAUCAUCUCAUUCAAGGCACCGCUGAGAGCUCAAGAACUCCAUUAAUUGUUCCAUCCACAAGAGAAUCCCACUCACAGGGUGGUGAAAGGAGAUGGGUGGACAAAAACCCAAGAAAAAUAGUACCCAAUCCCGAGAGUCUCGACCUGUCCCAACCCAGAAAUGUUGGGGUAAGAGAUAAAUUGUUGGACGUGUUUCAAAGGUCUAUAAGUUUUUCCAAGAACGACCCAAGAAGAAUAGUACUGAAUUCCCAGAAUCCAAAGAGUCGGGACUUAUCCCAACCCAAAAAUCUGGGUGGAGGAGGUAAAUUGCUGAAUGUGUUUCAAUGGUCUACGGACUUUCCCAAGACCCCGAGACGGUUGAUGAUAGGGUCAGUGGCACCAACUUGCACUUACAACGAAUGCAAAGGAUGCAAAUACAAGUGCAGAGCUGAGCAAGUUCCAGUAGAAGGGAAUGACCCUAUAAACAGCCCAUAUCACUACAAAUGUGUCUGUCACCGGUAAACUCAAAAUCUCAUCCCAGGCCACUACAAAUUCUUUAAAGUUUUGCUCAGAUCAGAAGUUCAUCAGUUCUGGGGCUGCAUUAUACUGUCAAUCAGCUCAACCUGCAAAUUUGGGGUUUAGAAUGAAGAAUUGAAGAAGAAGAAAGAGUUGGCAGUGUGUUCAUAGAUUUAAUUAGUUUAUGAGUUGAGUUGGGGCAAGUUGGAUUCAGGUUGCUCGAUAUGGAUUCUGUGAAAUUUCUUUUUUUUUUUUUUUUUUUUUUUUUUUUUUUUGCUCUUUUUCUACGUUGGGAAGAGGUUUGUGAUGUCCUGUUUGUUUAUCAUUUUUUGUUUGCAUGUACUAAAGUGAGCUGCAGCGAUAGAUUUGGGUCAGAAGAUAGAAUUUACAUUACAUAGAAACAAGUGGAUGUGAGUUACUUAUUGCAGUAAACUUGCCAUUUAAAUACAUACUUUUGAAUUGAA